CACAAACGCCACGUUGGUGUUCCGUGUACGAAGCCUUUCUAGAGAACGGGAGAUAGGCUCAUCCCAUCGAACCCUAAACCUGCAAACAAACAGGAUGUUGAGAGCCGGAACCAGGAGAUUCGCCUCUCUCACAUCUCCAUGGAGGCACAAAAACUCUGCCUCCGUCACCGUCAUCUCCGAUAAAACACAGAUCGAUGACGCCGCUAACCACGAUCUCCGAUCCACCUACCUUUCAUCCCCUGUUAACCAGUAUUUUCAUCUCAUGUCGUUAAGAGGAUUUGCUUCAAACUCGGUUACUCCAAAUUUUGAGGACAAAGUUCCACCAACGGUAGCAGCCAUUACAAACCCUACUUCAAAGAUUGUAUAUGACGAGUACAACCAUGCUCGUUAUCCACCUGGCGACCCAAGCAAACGUGCAUUUGCAUAUUUUGUCUUGACAGGUGGCAGGUUUGUGUACGCUUCAUUGAUUCGGCUUCUGGUCCUCAAAUUUGUUUUGAGUAUGUCUGCGAGUAAAGACGUUCUUGCCCUUGCCUCUCUUGAGGUUGAUCUUGCUAGCAUCGAGCCCGGGACCACCGUGACCGUCAAGUGGCGUGGAAAGCCCGUAUUUAUCAGGCGCCGGACUGAUGACGACGUGAAGCUGGCUAAUAGUGUUGAUGUGGCAUCUCUCCGGGACCCACAAGAGGAUGCGGCUCGAGUGAAGAACCCUGAAUGGCUGAUAGUGGUUGGUGUGUGCACCCAUCUGGGUUGCAUCCCGUUACCAAAUGCUGGUGAUUUUGGUGGGUGGUUUUGUCCGUGUCAUGGUUCUCAUUACGACAUUUCUGGCAGAAUUCGGAAGGGCCCCGCACCUUAUAAUUUGGAGGUCCCGACUUACACUUUCUUGGAAGAGAACAAGUUGCUGAUUGGUUGAGUUUUAAAAUAUCUAAAGGUGUUGGGCGUAUUUAAUUUUCAGGCCAAAAGGUCGGUGUUUUGGCGGUGUUUAGUUUAUAUGUUUUUGUAAGAUGGGAGUAUCCAUUUCAUGUUUGCGUGAAUAAGACUUGUUACUUCAUUUGAAAUGAUGAUGAUGAUGAUAUUUAGACUGAUCAUGCCAAUCUUGAGAUGA